AUGGCCUUUGGCGACUUCCAGGAUAUUUGCGAAAAGGCCGCGUUGCCGUUAUGCGCCCUCGUAGGACACCAGGAGAUUAAUGGUGGCGUCGGCAUCCAAACGACGUGUUAUGCGCGAUCGAUCGAGGUUGGCAACACGCUCAUCUUCCAGGUCGCGAACGACUUCAUACACAUCCUCGCCAUGGCCAUGGCCGUCAUUAUGAUCAUACACGUGCGCUCCAAGUUUACCGCUGUCGGUCGCAAGGAAAUUACAUCUUUCUUCUACAUCUACCUCCUCCUGACUAUCAUAUCACUCAUCCUCGACGCCGGUGUCGCUGCUCCCGCUUCCGCCGCAUAUCCAUAUCUCGCCGCUGCGCAAAAUGGUCUCGUAUCUGCGCUCUGCACCUGUCUCAUGAUCAACGGCUUCGUUGGUUUCCAGCUAUACGAAGACGGAACAUUUCUCUCAAUUUGGUUGAUACGGAUCGCCUCCCUGGUCAUGUUCCUGAUUGGUGGCGCCAUUUCUCUGCUCACGUUCAAGAACUGGGGUCUGAGUUCCCAGAACCCUAUUGGAAUUUUCGUUGUCACGUACAUUGUCAACGCGAUUCUCCUCUUUGUAUACGUCGUCAGUCAGAUUAUGCUUGUCUUGGGAACACUCGAAGACCGCUGGCCGCUUGGCGACAUCGCGUUCGGCAUCUUCUUCUUCACCAUCGGACAGAUCAUUCUUUACGUCUUCAGCGACACCAUUUGCGACAGCGUCUCACACUACAUGGACGGCCUUAUUUUUGCCACCCUUUGCAACUUGCUGGGAGUGAUGAUGGUGUACAAGUACUGGGAUUCCAUCACCCGUGAAGACCUUGAGUUUUCCGUCGGCGUCAAGCAGCACACUUGGGAAGUCAAGGAACUUUUGCCUGAGCAAGACAAGCGCGGUACCAUUUACCAAGAUUCCGAGUAUGCGCCGUCCAUGUACCAGCAACCGUACGGCACACGACUGUCGCAUUACUCCGUCGGCCGCUGA